AUGGCAACCACCUACGACCACGUCAUCUUCGUUGCCCGAAGCUCCAUCGACAGGAACAUAUUGAACAGCCAGAGAAGAGAGAGCGAGGCCGAUCUAAACGUCAGUCUCGAAUACACCAAAGCGUGCUAUGAACAGGCCUACGGGCCCAUCACGGGCCUCUGGGAGUUCCACACCUUCGCCUGGCCCUCCUUCCUCGAGUUACCAGAAACAUGUGCAACCAUUCGCUUCUUCGCCCAGCGCACCAUAGACCUGGAAGAUACGAACACCCAGAUGAUGGUCGUGCUCAACGGCUGGGACGGACUGACCUCACAUGUGCGAAGCUUCACUACGCUUUUCAGAGACCACGCCUCUCACAUCACUAUUCGUGUCUUUGCCGAUCAACCCCGUUCGUUCUACCAAGUUAAUGUGGCGCAGAUCUUCCAACUGUUUGAUGGCAUACUCCUCAUCAAUCCUUACCUUGAGGGCCUUCCUCAUGAACAGUUGGAUGAGGGGGUCAUGGAGGUUCUGAACCGCAUGGAAAGCCAGCUUGAAUACUCCACCGCGCUGUUCUACCGUUAUUUCAGGACAUUCGGGGCGCUCCAGCUCAACUGA